CUACGUCAGGAGUGUCGUAUCGUCGUCAUCCUUGGCUCCAUUAUCCCAGAGCGCGUGCACCAGUUGUAGUCUUCAUAAAAAAAAAAAAAAGUAGCAGGCCCCAGAGACGAAAAUAAACAGGGGCCCCUCCAGGAGAUAAUAAAUAAUCGACAGGCAGUUGCAGAUUUAUUUCAAAACGUUCGAACACUCGUCGAACGAUCAUGCUCACGUCUGCAGUUAGAGGAAUUGCCCGUCGCUCAUUCUCCACCUCAAAAUGGGCAUCUGCACAGCAGAUGACCGUUCGAGAUGCCUUGAAUUCAGCCCUGGAUGAGGAGAUGGAGCGCGAUGAGAGGGUUUACCUCAUGGGGGAGGAGGUCGCCAUGUACGAUGGGGCCUACAAGGUGUCCAGGGGACUCUGGAAAAAAUACGGGGACACCAGGGUUAUCGAUACUCCUAUUACCGAAUCUGGAUUUGGUGGAAUUGCUGUUGGCUCUGCUAUGGCGGGUCUCAGGCCAGUCUGCGAAUUCAUGACGUUCAAUUUUGCGAUGCAAGCGAUCGACCAAAUAAUAAACUCCGCGGCAAAGACAUUCUACAUGUCAGCAGGCCGAGUGAAUAUACCAAUAGUGUUUCGUGGUCCGAAUGGAGCGGCUGCAGGUGUUGGGGCCCAACAUUCACAGUGUUUCGGUGCUUGGUAUGCCCACUGUCCUGGGCUCAAAGUAAUUUCCCCUUACAACAGCGAGGACUGCAAGGGUCUUCUGAAAGCUGCCAUUCGUGAUCCUGAUCCUGUUGUCUUUCUGGAGAACGAGCUGCUCUAUGGCGUCCAGUAUCCCAUGUCCGAUGAAGCUCUGUCGAAGGAGUUCGUCCUGCCCAUUGGAAAAGCCAAGGUGGAACGUAAUGGCAAUCAUGUGACACUUGUGGCGCACUCAAAAGCUGUCGAGCUGGCACUAGAGGCUGCCAAGGAACUCGCUGGCAAGGGAAUCGAAGCGGAAGUUAUCAAUCUCAGAUCUCUUAGGCCUCUCGAUAUUGAAACAAUUAUUAAAUCAGUUGUAAAGACCCAUCAUCUCGUUACUGUGGAGCAGGGAUGGCCCACGUGUGGUAUUGGCGCUGAAAUUGGGGCUAGAAUCAUGGAAAGUGACGCUUUUUAUCAUUUGGACGCUCCAGUGAUCCGAGUAACUGGUGCGGAUAUUCCCAUGCCCUACGCUAAAUCGUUAGAAGCUCUAGCCCUACCUGAGCCCAAAGACGUUGUGCUGGCAGUGAAUAAAAUUCUAGGAGUAUCCCAGUAGCGAAUUAUAGUGAAUUAGGUGCUUUAUUUAAAAGGAAAACGAAGGAAAGAAACAAUAAUUCUUUAAAUAUCACGCGAUCCCCUGGAUCGGUCAUCAUGAGCAUAACUUUGUUGAUUUUUUCUUUGUGAGAAAAAAUUUACUGAAGACAAAAUCAUGUAUUCGGGAACUCAGAAUUUGUUUCCUGCAAUUUAUCAUAUUUUUUGAGAG